AUGUACGCUGCAACGAGCACUUACCGUUCUCAACUGAUCAAUGUACCAAAACUGAAAGCUAUCAUUUUUGCCGAGUUCGAUGCAGACAAAGGUCCAGUAAUCAGAAUACAAGUACCCGACUUUCUCUUCGAUGCAAAAAGAUUUGAUACAUUUUCAAAUGCUAUCAUUCCUAAACCGGAACUUUUUCAUCGACUAAUUAAAGUGAACCACGUUGAAAAUAGUGAUGGAAAAGUGUACAAGGUUAUGGGACAUCCUGUUGGUAUCGAGUCUGAUUCAUAUACUCGCGGUCGCUAUAUAUUCAAUGUGUGUUUUGUAGUUGAUAAAAGUAGUCACAUUGAUUGCAUGUACGAACCGAUGGUACAGAAGUGUGCGGCGUACCUAACACAGAUGGAAAAGGAUACGCGUUUUUUGUCACAGUCGCAGGACAAACUACCUGAUUUAUUGUUAAACAUAUUCGAAGACCUCAACGAGCUUGGCGAAUGCAAAAUCCCUGUUACUGAUCAGACAACUAUAUACUUGAAGUUAUGUCCUUCAUUUCAUGGUAUUGAACCACCUAAAGUAGAGCCGUAUAUGGUGCCAAUGUUUACACAAAUACCACCACCGAAUACACUAAAUCACAUCCCAAAAAUGGAUGUUCUCUCACAAAAAAUUUGUCCCAAAGUGGAUGGUGUACGUUGUAUUCAGGAAAUUGCCAUGAUGGUACAAAUAGAUACUGAUCUGGUGAUGCGAUGCGUUCGUAAUCUGCAUUUCUACGGAUGCUUGACAUUAAUACCCCUUUUUAUGUAUGUUAACACAUACGUUGCUACCGAACAGCUUCACAAUUUUUAUAUGAACGCUGAUCUGAUCGAAACUGGCAUGACAAUGAAAGAUUGGUGUGAAAGGAUGUCUCCUAGGCAGUACAAUGUUGACGAAAGGCGUGCGAUACAGUUUGGUGUAUGUCAUGGGUUUAUUCGAAAGCUAUAUAUUUAUCCUGUUUCUUUAAAGAAAGGCGAUCUACGAAGGAUAGCUGAACUUUGUGACGGUACUCGCUCAUUGGAAGAGUUGGCAGUCAUUUUUGGUGUUUCACCAGUAAAAUUAUUAAAAGCAUUUCGUGACGACGGAAAUUUUGUUUUCAUAUCAAAAUAA